CACACAUACACCCGCAGAUUCUCUCUCUCUCUCUCUCUCUCUCCCGCCCCCCUUCUCUCAUCUCUCUCCAUCUCACGAACAUUUUCUGGGUUGGGUUCAUGCAUCUCAUUCGGCCAGAAGAAGAUUAAGGAGCAUCUCUAUGAAUGGAAAUGGCCACGUCUUGGACUUGAGUUUUUUUGUUGGACUGAUCCACCAUAUGGUGGCACAUGCUUCCGCAUCAUUCAUCUUGGGUUUGUUCUAUAUAGAUUCAGUGAUUCACCUCCUACUCCAAUACGUCAACUUCAACAACAACCUUUGAAUUUCAUGAAUCCCACUGGGCAAUUGGACGGUGAUGAUGGAGCCGAGAUCCACGCUCCACAAAUGGAGAGGUCUGACUAAGAGGAGAGCAAGAAAAUCAUGGUGAGAGAGAGGAUAAUGAUGAAGAAGAUUGAUAACGCAACUGCGAGGCAGUUAACCUUCUCGAAGAGGAGAAGAGGGCUAUUCAAGAAGGCCGAAGAGCUCUCCGUCCUCUGUAAUGCCGAGAUUGCCGUUGUUGUUUUCUCAGCCACCGGCAAGCUCUUCGAGUAUUCCAGCUCCUCCAGCGUGAGGAAUGCAAUAUCAAGGUAUGAUCUCUAUAAAAAUAACACUGGAAGAGUGAAUAACCUGCCACCUCUUCAUCUUCAGCCAGUGAACAGUGAUCAAAUCAACAUAAGCAAAGGAGCUGGGGAUACCAGCAGCAAACAACGGAAGAUGAGGGAAGAUGAUAUCCAAGGACUAAAUUUGGAGGAACUGCACAAAUUAGAGAAAAUACUCGAAGUCGGACUUAGCCGUGUGCUCCAGACUAAGGAAGAGCGAAUUAUGGGAGAGUUUGCCACGCUCAAGAAAGAGAUUGAUCAACUGACUGAAGCCAAUAUGCAGUUGAAAAAGAAAAUGGCUUUGGUGUCUCAGCGAAAGCAUAGCAGAGUUUUCAGUCAAUCGAAGGACUCAAUUGCAGAGGAAGGCUCCGUCAACAUUACUCCCCCUGCUCCUCCUUCUGAGGCUACGAGAGCCGAUACCUCACUCAAAUUAGGGCCUCCUUUCUCAAGCUAAAUUGGGAGGCGACCCAAGCAGAGCAUAUAGAUUACGGAAGAAAUAAGAUUAUAAGGACUUCAACCUCUGAUUACGAGUUGAUGAUAGAAUAAAAGUGUGAAACUGAUCAUAUGGAGCAAAGAAAUGAUAUAUGUAAAUGUAAGACUUCUAUAUGGCCUCUUUAUGUUAGACUCCUAUAGUUAAAUGCUCGAAUGACUUCUAUAGUUUAUGUAUAUUCUCUGAUUAUUGAAGUGAAAGUUCACACACACAUAUAUAUAGAGGAAUAAAAUUAUUUUGUAUGUCA